AUGGAGGGUCUCGGUCUUAUUUCUAUUGUUGCCACCUGUAUCGACCUCGCUCAGACGAUCGACGCCGCGGUGCAAAAAGUUCGAGGUGCUCGAUCUGAGCUUGACGAAGGCUUGCAAACAGUCUCCUCCACCCGCCGACUUCUUUCUCAAUUCCAGCACAUGUUCGAGUCUAGCCAUCUCCCACAAGAUCUUCUGGAAGAUUAUAUAAAAAAUAUGCGACCACUUCAGUGUGAGCUUGAAAGUAUUCAAGGCUCUUUGAACCGCUACCUCCGGUACUCAAAACGAAAGGGAUUCGCUAGCCUGGCAUGGAAAAUCAAGUGGGGGAGAGAUGCAGAUAAGCACCAACGAAACCUCAAGAAUCUCAACGGCAACCUCUACAACACGAUCGCCGCACUCAGCCUUAAAGUAAACAUCUUGGCUUUCGAGUCGAUCCAGGUUGGGCGUGGAUCUGCAUCAUCGUCUCCAGCCCCGGAAAGUCCGGUAAUGUCGAACGAAGAAACCUUAUCGGCACUUGGAAAGGAAUAUGCACGGGCCGCACAGGAACUGCAGGACAUGGAGUGGCAGAAUAUUCCAGUGGCUCAUAUCCAACAGACUUACUCUGCUGCGGCGAAGGCAUUCCAGAUCGAGGAAUGGAGCGGGCCUCAACCUGGAUCGUUUUGUUCUUCAGCAUUCGCGUUCACCGUCAACGAACCGACGAUGAACAUCUGUUUGGAAAAGGUAUAA